AUGUCAUCGCCUGGUCCAAAAGGGGUGGGAGGACCAGUCCAGCCCACUUCACCCUACUUAACUGCACCAGAUUCAGAACUUCAAAGGGUGUUCAAUUUUGAUGCUUAUCACACCAACUUGUCGAAUGGGUCUUCCUCCCCCUCCGAUACUUUAAACUUGAGCGGCCAAGUCUCAAGCCUGCCCCGCCACAUGAAUGGCAACCAUCACUACGUGAAUUUUUUGCCAAGUGGCGGACAACCUCAUCAUUCGUACCUUACUAUGCCACAAAGUCCUCGAAGUCGAAUCCGGACUUUUACUCAAAAUGGAAGUGGUCAAACAACCCCGUCUGGAUCGAGCAGUGCUGAGACCGUCCGAGAAAUGACCAUGGACGACUGCCAAGGAGGUGGAGAGGAAAUAUUCUCCACCAAUAAGACCAAAGAGCAAUUGUAUAUGGAGGCGAAGGAUAUUCUGGCCAUGGUGAGCAACGGCACCAAUUCGGGGAAGCGAUUCCCUCCGGAUUAUGUCAAUUUGGCGGGAGGAAUUUCUCCAGGAUCUACGGGUCCAAGGCGCCCCCCUAAAUCCAAACAUGACCGAGAUCCGAACAGCCCCAUAACUCAGGGAUCUCAUGACCAUCCGACUUUGCCUAGUCAAGAGGCCACCAACCGGCUUCUAAUUGGUACCACCAUGCUCAAUGGCAACAGAAAAUCGCCAGCUAGAGCAUUUUCACCGGAACGGGAAAUUAUACAGAACUCCCUAGCCACCCUCCGUGUCGAGAAAGAGUCUCAAAUCACGUUGGUUUCAUCCUUGAAGAGACGCUUGACAGAUUUGGAGAUGAAAGAAGAGGAUGACAUUCGCGAGCUCGAAAUGGAACGGUCGCUUCUCAUCGCGGAAUGGGAGCAAGAGACAUAUGCUUUAAACAGGGAUAUCGAGGAAUGCCGGAGCAAACUCCAGAGCGCUGAUGAGGAAUUUCAAAGACUGGAGGAUCUUUUACAACAACUGCGAGGAACUGGGACCGAAGAAGAAAUUGACAUCUUGGAGCAACUUAAACGACAGCACGAGGUCCUGGACAUUGAACGAAAGAUCUUUGAAGACAAGGAAUUCGAGUUCAUGGAAAAAGAUGCUAAACGCGAAGAAGAGAAAGAGAACCUGUCCAAGGAAAUCAGUGAUUUGACGUCGGCCAUGAAGAAGCACGAAAAGCAGCUCCAAAAUGUUGAGGAACAACAGCGCAAGAUCCUCAUGACGGUUCGAAGAGAAACUAGAACCUUGGAGGGUCAGCGACAGAGUCUCAUCAAACAACUGGAAAUGGAGAGGACCAAGUUGUCAUCCAUUGAUGAGCGAAUAUCCAAGAUUAACACCCAUGCAACCCACAACCAUCAAAAGCCACCUAUUCCACGGAACAGAUUUAUCGGAUCCUCGCAAUCUCGGGAUCUGAGCAAGAUUCCCAAUAUGGACUCGGAUCAUUCGGAUUCAGAUGAUGCAAAUGAAGUCAAUCAUUUACACAAGAGCUUGAGUCGAUUGGCCAUGUUGGACAAAUCUUUGGAGGCGGACCUUCAUCGAAUAUCCGUUUUUGAGGAAGACUGUUCCAACGGAUACAACGCGUAUCUGUCAAGUCAGAGCUCUAAGUCCACCAAUAAUCUGGAAUUUCCCACUCCUCUUAUUCGUCCCAAUUCCGCUAAAUCCAAUGGAACUUCCACCAAAGGUGGCCAGUCACUAAAUUCCAUUGGGGGAAGUCAAGAUUCCGUUACCGGUUCUUUCAGUGAUAUCCAUACAGAAAGCUUAAGUAGUGACGAGUCUAGUCGAACCAAGAAUAGCCCUUCGCCAAACUCAGAAAGAACGAAUACCUCGUCCUCGUCCACCACCAGGAACAUAUCUCAGAAUCAUCGCUCAAAGUCCUCAACUUCAUCCGAGUCCAAUCCCUCAACUACCACGCCAGGAUCUAGACAACCCUAUCGUCAUCAUAACCAUCACCUCCACCACCAGCGCCAUGAUACCAGCCAUCAUCCUGUGAUCAUUCCGAGGCCGGGGCAUUCGGAUUUUUCUGAGGUCAGUUCGACUACCAAUGGCUCGAGGCCGUUGUCCGAGGUUUCCUCGUUUUGGGAUGACACCGACAUGCCGAUUGAGGUCAAGCGGAGGCAAAAUAAAGCCACGCAACAAAGGCCGCUAACACGCUAUUUGCCCAUCCGGAACGAACAUUUUGACCUACGUCAACACAUCGAAACAGCCGGACACCAGAUCGAGUUGUGCUCGCAUUUGAUCCUCAAUGCCAGUUCCUGUCGGGGUUACUUGCACAAAUUGGGUGCUAAAUUCAAGACGUGGAACAAACGCUGGUUCGUGUUUGAUCGGCACAAGCGAACCUUGAUCUACUAUCAUGACAAAACUGAAACCAAGGCCAAAGGAGGGAUUUAUUUCCAAGCCAUCGAGGACGUUUACAUCGAUCAUCAGAACCAAGUGAAGUCUCCCAACUCGAAAGUGACAUUUUGUAUGAAGACUGCUGAUCGGCCUUAUUAUUUAAUGGCCCCAACGCCAGAGGCCAUGCGGGUCUGGGUGGAUGUGAUUUUUACCGGAGCCGAAGGUUACCAAGAGUUUAUGAAUCAAUGAACGAAGGAUGGAUUCCUCCGCUAAUUUGCCCUUCAAGUCAGAAGAAUAAAAAUGUCAUUCACGUUCAUGGGUACUUAACACUCACCCAAGAACUCUUUUACGCAGAGCACACCUCUCACAUCUCUCAACUAAUCCAAUGAAAUGCUAAUUAUUAUUACUUUUGUCAUUAUUAUUAUUAUCAUUAAUAUUGUAAUUGAUAGCGUGAAUUAAUACAUAUGUGUAUGUGCCUAUGGCAUCAUUGCA